UGGGAAAAUUUCGCACAAAACUCAAAGGACAGACAAAGGGCAAGCGUUGGGCCAAAGGACAAAGCUCCAGUUCGAAUCCACAGACGAAAACCUACCGCAGUCAAGCAAAAUCACGCUUUUUCAAGCGAAUCUAGGCUCAUCUAAUUUAACAACAACCGCUCUACAAAAGCACGAUGCUCAGCAAUCAUAUUCCUCCACGAAAAUUCCACAAACUCCAAUGCAAAUGGAUGAUGCUGAAUCAGAGUCACAAUACAGCUCUGCAACUUCAUACCAAACAAUGAAAACAUUUGCCUCUGACUGGACAGACUGCACAAAUAUGAGUUUCAAUCGUUUUCUGAACGUGUUUCGUUCUGAUUCCGCGCUGCACAAAGAAAUGUUAGCCAUCCUGGCUGCAAUAACAGAAGUUAUCAAGAGCAACAAUGGUACUGAAUCACCUACAGAAUAUUACUGUGCUUUGGUCACCACUUUGGAGCAGAUCAUGGAUGCUGAAGAGAUGAAUGAAGAUCAGAUUACUGCAGUGUUAUCACUGUUGAAUAUGGGCAUCAAAACAGUGCCUGUUGGUGUUUUGAGGCAGAGUUAUGACUCAGUCACUUCAAAACUUUUAUUAGUUUUGGUUGAGUUUGGAUCUAAGGAUAAUAAUGUAAUAGUAAAAAGCAUUAUGGGAGUUUUAGCUGUGCUAUUGAAGCAGCAGGAGCUUGUAGUGUGGCAGAAUCUGCAAACACAACAGAUUUUCAAGGCUAUUUUGAAUCCUUUUUGUAUUCACAGCAAACCAAAGUGGAGGAAAGCAGCUCAACACUCAGUUGCCUCAAUUCUCUCUGCUGACAUCUUCCAAAACGAGCAGCACUACUCCCCCGCUGCCGAUUUGGUUGCAGCAUUUUGUAAGGAGACGCUAGAGUCCUGCCUGGGCAGCAAUACAAACAGCACCGUUUUGGUAUCAUCGAUUCAAGCUGGCCAAACGACGAUUCUGCACACACUUGGACUGUUGAAGGAUACUAUCGCCUACUUUAAUAAAACGCAUGUGAAACAAAUCUGCGAGACCGUACUGCGAUUGAUGUCACUCAACUAUCCAAUUGUGACAUCUUGUGGAAUGCAGGUGUUGCACGCGUUAUUCUCGGCGCAGAAAGCAGUCGCUAGCGCUAAACUGAACGGGCAGAUAAUUGCGGCGAUGUAUGAUUAUCAACCGUCGGCGGUGGAUACUCAGCCUACUUUAGCAUGGUUAGCUGUUAUGAAGCAAGCUCAUGUGCAUCUAGCUGAUGUUGAUUUACAUCAAUGUGCCAAUGCACUCCCAGUGAUAUUCAACACAAUGACGCAGUUGUGGCUCUCGCAGAAAGCUGAAAUCGUAAUGGGAGCGACACAUGCGCUGGAAGUGCUGUUUCGCGACGCCAUUAGUCAAAUCUGCGCCAAUCAAAGUGUACUACAAGCCACAGUCGAUACAAAACUCGCUAAAUGUAUUCAAUCGGUUGAAUUGGGACUUGGGUAUCAAUACAAUCACGCAUGGCCGCAGGUUUUACAUGUUACUUCGGUAAUGUUUGAGGUUUGUGGCGCAUCCUGCCCGAAACAACUUCUCAACACAUUAAAAACCCUUUCCGAAUUACGUGAUUCAUAUAAAUUCAGCUACAACAAUGAACUGGAACGCACCGUCGGCGCAGCUGUCAAAUCUAUGGGACCCGAAACGGUAUUAUCCGUAAUUUCACUGCGUAAAGAUUCGGGUGAACUGAAUCUCGACCGAUCGUGGCUCCUGCCGGUUCUCAAAGAGAAUGUACAACGCUCCACGCUUGAGUUUUGGGUGCGCGGCAUCCUACCACUGGCGAUUCACAGUCAAAAGAAAUCCGUCGAAUUGGGCGAACGUAACGAUGGAAUUGGCGCACACAGCGCUGAGUUACUCCAUCUUCAGCUGUGGAAUCUUUUGCCAAGCUUCUGUAAUCAAGCGACCGAUAUCCAAACCGGUUUCAAAGGUAUUGCUAAAAUUCUAGGCAUGGCGAUUUCGGAUCGUAAAGAACUUCGUUUGGCUGUAAUGGCAAGUUUGAGGAAACUUAUCACCGCCGCCCAGGCAUCCGAAGACGAAAAGGAUGUUCACGAGAUUGCAAGAUUCGAUAAAAAUUUCUUGCCGAUUUUGUUUAAUGUUUACACAUCGAAACCAGUUGGGUCACAUGAAGAGGGUCAACGAUUGGCUGCCAUGGAUACAAUCAAAGUAUUUCUACCAAUCACAAGGCUUGAAUACACCGAGUCGCUCUUUACGAAUGUCAUUGAUCAGUUGAACACCAACUCACAUCCACCCGAAGGUGAUGAUUUGUUUUUCAAAGAAUCAAUUAUGGAUUUGAUUAAGGCGAUGCUCCCAUAUCAGAAUUGUGAGAAUAUCGAGAAAAUAUUCGAUAUGUCCAUCAAAAAUCUGCCGGAGAUUAAAAGCCACAAGGAACAGAAGAAAUCGUACAGAUUAUUGGAGGAAAUCUGCAGCAGUUCCACUGCGGGAUGUGAAAACUUUUUGAAGAAACAUCGUAAGUUCGUACAGAAGCUACUUAUGAAAGCGUUGAACACUUCGGCUGUAAGUAGUAAAGGUGCAAGGUUAAGAUGUCUGAAUUAUCUUAUCAAAGCGCAACCACAGUUGGAUCAGGAUUCGAUAUUGUUGAAGUCGACAAUACCGGAAGCUGUGUUGGGUUGCAAGGAUCAAAAUCAACGCUGCCGGUUGAUUUCGUAUGAAAUCCUCAACACAAUCGGAGAUAUUUUACUGAAGCACGAUCAGAUGCCACAGUAUGUCACGAUGUUGAUCGGAGGUUUAGCUGGGAGCACGGAGUUGAUGAGCGCUACCCUUCUUGCUGUGUCAUCGGUGUUGCAUAACUUUACCGGCUCAUUGGGUCAAAGUAAUAUCGAAUUGAUUCUGGAAAAUGUCUUGCUUUUGAUGAAGGUACCCACCAGGGAAGUGGUGGGUUCCUGUUUAAGUUUCCUGAAAGUGUUUAUGACUAGUUUACCUACGCCACAGGUGGCUUCACAGCUAGGGAAUAUCGUUAAGAGUUUAUGUGGUAUGACAGAGGAUUGUCAAAGACAUUUCCGAAUGAAAGUUAGAAAUAUGUUGAGCAGAUUGGUUAGGAAGUUUGGUUGUGAUGCUAUUUCACCGCAUAUUCCACCGAAUGAUACUGUGAUGUAUAAAAGAUUACGCAACUUGCGGAAAUUGCAGAAUAGGCAGAAGCGACAAAAAGAGCAAGAGAAAGAAGAUCAAGAAAAUGAAGUCGAUAUGGAGGAGGAGUUUAUGGUCAAAGCAAGAGCGAAGACUGUUGAGGAUAUUCUCGCUGAUUCCGAUGAUGAUUUCGAUGACACGGCGCAGCCGGAGGUUAAGGGAGGGAAGAAGCAACGGAAAUAUAAUGCAUUCAUUGAAGAGGAUCCGGAUGACAUUGUGGACUUUAAGGAUCCUAGUGUGAUCAGUAAAAUUACCACAUCCAGGCCUUCACAGGCUUCUGCGUUGCAAAUGAUUGAACAAAAAGAAGCGAAGAAGGAUAGAGGUUUUAAGACAGCUCCAGAUGGUAGGUUGAUAAUUGCUGAUGCAGAUGGCUCCGAUUCUGAUGAUGGUGGUAGAACAAAAAAGAACAAGUUUGCCGCAAGUGAUUCCGAUUCAGAUGAUGAUAAUCUUAGCAAGGCGGAGACUGAAAUAAUGCGCGAUAGGAAACGAAAGAGGAGCGACGCCGCCUCAAGUGUGGCGAGUAGUUAUAAUGGGAAGUACCGUCCUGGCGGAUCGGGAAUUCAUAGACCUACUGGUGAUAUGGGUGCGGGGACAAGUAAGAGUAGAGCGGGAAGUGUGAAGAGUUUUGCUUCAUUCGGCAGCGAUUACAAAGCGAAGAAGGCUGAUGGGGAUAUGAAAAAGAAAGGCAAGGUGGAUCCGUACGCAUAUUUGCCACUGCAAAGGAACGCGUUGAAUAAGAGGAAGAAGUUGAAGCAUGCGGGGCAGUUUAAAAAUAUUAUCGGCGCCGCAAAGACAGGAUCGAAGAAGGGGAUGAAAGCAAGGAAGAGACUGCAAAAGUAGGAGAUGAUUUGUUAUGAAUUGAUUGAUUAAGUUGUAAGUAAUAAAGUAAUUUGUUGCGUUGUGGACAUUGUAAAAUUGAAAAACAAA